AUGCCUCAGAAGGAAUUCUGUCCCAAGCGCUACGAAGCGAUAGGUGCAGAUUUUCAGAACUCUCCUGAUGUUCAUCUCCAUUCCACAUCAGAGAAGCGCCAAUUCGACUUCUCCUUCGAGCCUGUCCGGGAAAAUCUAUUCCGAGUUACCUUCUCGUCGCCAGACCACCCCCUUCCUCCUUAUCCUAGCGUCACCAAACCGGUUACAGACCUGAAGGACAUUCAUGUAUCUGCGACAAGUGAUGGCCAGAGAAAGUCAAUUCAGGUAGGUGAGGUGACGGCAUCCGUCGACUGGGCCAACACCCCCGUGGUUUUGCUUUCGUUGAAGGGACAGAGCCAGCCAUUGUACCGGGAUCUGCCAUUGCGCUCGUAUGUCGUGGACGCCGCGGGCAUCGCACACUACACCGAGCACGAUCGCAGUGCUCUGCACGUUGGACUUGGAGAGAAGCGAGCACCCAUGGACCUCAGCGGGCGUCAUUUUAUUCUCUCUGCCACAGACAGCUUUGGAUACGACGUCUACAAUACCGACCCGUUAUACAAGCACAUCCCUCUGUUGAUCAAAGUGACUCCUCAAGGUUGUGUAGCCAUCUUCUCCACUACACACGGCAGAGGUACCUGGUCAGUGGGCUCGGAGGUCGACGGCCUCUGGGGCCACUUCAAAGUAUAUCGCCAGGAUUACGGCGGCCUGGAACAAUACCUCAUUGUCGGAAAGACGUUGAAGGAGAUUGUCAGAUCAUAUGCUGAACUCGUUGGGUUCCCAAUGCUGGUCCCCCGCUGGGCUUAUGGAUACAUAUCCGGAGGAUACAAGUACACCAUGAUGGACGAGCCACCCGCUCACCAGGCUCUGAUGGAGUUCGCCGAUAAGCUGAGAGAGCACGGCAUUCCUUGCUCUGCCCACCAGAUGAGCUCCGGCUACUCGAUUGCGGAAAAGGAACCCAAGGUCCGUAAUGUCUUCACCUGGAACAAAUACCGCUUUCCGAACCCUGAGGAAUGGAUUGCCAAGUAUCAUUCAAGAGGCAUCCGACUUCUAACGAACAUCAAGCCAUUUCUGUUGGCUUCACACCCGGAGUUCCAGAAGCUUGUUGAUGGCAAUGGGUUCUUUGAGGAUCCCGAGACUGGCGAGCCUGGCUACAUGAGGCUGUGGAGUGCAGGAGGCGCCACUGGAGGUGACGGAUGCCACAUCGACUUUACCUCAGCAGCUGCGUUCAAGUGGUGGUACGAUGGCGUUCAGAGCCUGAAGCGUGCCGGGAUCGAUGCGAUGUGGAAUGAUAACAACGAAUACACGAUCCCGAACGAUGACUGGAAACUGGCCGGUGACGAACCCACUGUUUCCGCCGCAGCUGCGAAGAAGGUUCAAAUUACCGUCGGACUCUGGGGCCGUGCAAUCCACACGGAACUCAUGGGCAAAGCCUCUCAUGAUGCCCUGCUCAACCUUGAGCCCGAUCACCGACCAUUCGUGUUGACUCGGAGCGCCUCCGCCGGGACAAUGCGUUACGCAGCCAGUACCUGGAGCGGAGAUAAUGUCACCAGCUGGGAAAGCAUGAAGGGUGCGAAUGCAUUGUCCCUGAGCGCGGGCAUUUCCCUUCUGCAAUGUUGCGGCCAUGACAUCGGUGGAUUCGAAGGGCCCCAACCAUCACCCGAGUUACUCCUCAGGUGGAUCCAGCUUGGAAUCCACUCACCUCGCUUCGCCAUCAACUGCUUCAAAACAUCCCCCGGGAACAGUUCCGUAGGAGAAGUGAUCGAGCCGUGGAUGUACCCGGAGAUUACCCCCCUCGUCCGCGACACUAUCAAGCGUCGCUAUGAGAUCCUGCCAUACAUCUACUCCCUGGGGCUGGAGAGCCACCUGACGGCCUCCCCGCUGCAACGCUGGGUGGGCUGGGGCUACGAGUCCGACCCGGAGGUGUGGACCAAAGCCCUCAAGGCCGGCGACGAGCAGUUCUGGUUCGGCGACACGAUCAUGGUAGGCGGGGUGUACCAGCCAGGAGUGAGCCUGGCCAAGCUCUACCUCCCCCGCAAGGCGAACGAUCAGUUCGACCAUGGCUUCGUCAACAUGAACGAGCCAUACAACUACCUCGCGUCCGGACAGUGGGUCGAGAUCGCGUCGGAGUGGCGCAAGAGCAUCCCCCUGCUCGCCCGCAUCGGCGGCGCGAUCCCCGUCGGCAAGGCCGUGCAAACCCGCGUGCCUGGCGACGAGACCGCGGCGUCGGUCGCCGUGGAGGAGCUGGACGAUUACAGGGGCGUGGAGAUCUUCCCACCGCGGGGCUCCUCCCACGGACAGGUCUUUUCCACCACUUGGUACGAGGAUAACGGGAUCUCGCUCCAGCCGCACAUCUCCCAGUACACCGUCCGGUAUAGCUCCACCCAGGAGAAGGUCGUGGUUGGGUUUACGCGCGACGAGACGAGCGGCUUCGUCCCCGCCUGGAGAGACCUGGAUAUCAUUCUUCACAAGGGCGAUGAGAGAUGUGUUGUCUCUGACAAUGGAAGUGCGGUGGAGUCCAAGGGAAGAGACGCCCGGGGUCGCAAGGUCUAUACUUUCAAGACUUGA